AUGCGAGACAAGGCCUUCCGGGUUCUCGAGCAUCAUUUGCACAUGGCCAAAGGCACAACAAAGUGCAUACCUCGCACUAAGUCAGUGGAGUGGGAGGCUGGCGUUCUCCACUAUGGAAUAACCAGUGUUUCUCACUGGUCUCUGUACGUGAAGCUGCAGGUGAUGACGGCCCAGCCCUCGUGCGAGAGUGUUAUGAACCCGCAUGCAUAUGCCGAUGGCGUUCCCUUGAAAUGA